AUGUUCAAGCUCGUCGUCGUCGUCGCGGCGCUCGCGCGCGCCGACGAGGCGCUCGAGCGCCAUCGCGCGGAGGUGCUCAUCGUCGGCGCCGGCUACGCGGGCCUGGCCGCCGGCCGCGUGCUCGCCGCCGCGGGCGUCGACGUGCGCAUCUUGGAGGCGCGGUCCCGCGCCGGGGGCCGCACGCUCAACGAGGACGUCGUCACGGGGCGGCGGAACGUGGCGACGGACGACGUCAUCGCGCUCGGCGGCGAGUGGCUCGCGCCGGAGCACGCGGCCGCGCGCCGGCUCAUCGAGACGGAGCUCGGCUUCGGCGUCUUCCACCGGCCGUUCAACGCGGCGCGCAACGAGUCCCUGCGCAUCGUCGUCGAGACGUCCGCGGGCCGCGCGUACACGACGAGCGACGCCGGCGUCGCGUCGGCGUGGCCGCCGGCCGCCCGGGCGGAGAUCGCGCGGCUGUCCGCGGAGUUCGGGGCGCUCGCGGCCGAGGUGCCCUGCGGCGACCCCCUGGCGCACCACGCCGACGCGGACGCCGCGAGCUUCGAGAGCUGGCUGCGGGACGGGGGCGUGACGACGCCCGAGGCGCACUACGCGCUCAGCGCCUUCGCGGACGACGCGGAGUCGCUCGGCGCGAUGGGCCUGCUCGGCGUGCUCUGGACCUACAACUGCACGGACGCGAGCGAGGACUCGGAGAAGGAGGACUGGUACCGCGUGCGCGGCGGCACGCAGGGCCCGGCCCUCGCGCUCGCGGCCCGGCUCGACGUCGACUACGACACGCCCGCGGACUCCGUGGCGAAGAACUCCGACGGCACGUUCGCCGCCGGGCGGGAAACAAAAAUAGUCAACACGACUUCAAUGUUCACCGUCGUCUCGCUCGCCGCGCGGCGCGCGUACGUCGCGGACCGCGUGCUCCUCGCGGGCCUCGCGCCGCCGCUCCUCAACGGCAUCGACUUCGACCCGCUCCUGCCCGCGGGCACGGCGCAGCUCCUGCAGCGCGUGCCCAUGGGCACGUCGCUCAAGUACUCGCUCGUCUACGCGGCGCCCUGGUGGCGCGGGUUGGGCUUCCUGGGCAAGAUCGUCGUCGCCGACGGCCGCGAGACCUACGCGUCGCUCUGCCUCGACAACUCGCCCGAGUCCUGGCGCCGCGGCGUGCUCUCGUGCUUCGUCGAGGGCGACGGCAACCGGCGGCUCUUCCGCGACUUCGCGACCCGGGCGGACCGGGCCGACGCCAUCGAGGCCCUCGUGCUCGACGCGUUCUCCGUGACCGAACCGCCGACGCCGCGCCUGGCGGCCAUCGAGCACGACUGGGCGCACCGGCGCUACAGCCGCGGCGCGUACGGCAGCUUCCUGCCGCCGGGCGCGCUCUCGAGCUUCUGGCCCGAGCUCGAGGCCAUGGCCUUCGACCACCGCUUCCGCGGCUACGAGGACCGCGUCUACGUCGCGGGGAGCGACUACGCGCGGAAGAACCCGGGCUACAUCGACGGCGCGGUCGUCUCCGGCGAGGACGCGGCCGCGGCGAUCCUCCGGGACCUUAGGCGCGCCUAG